AUGUCGGUCAUUUUAGAGCAAACUGGACGGGAAUCAUGUCAUGCUCGGGAAAUUGUUGCUGAGAAGGGUUUACUGCACCCUUUCGACUUUGCCCCGCCUCGAAAGCUUCAUGUCGUUCUUGCAGGCAUAUAUUUUGUCUUCAACAGCUCCUUAGGGUCUUCCAUCUCAUCUGGAGCUCACGAUGAGAUUGCCGAUCAUUUUCACAUCCCGAACGAUAGCAUUCAGAUGGUUCUUCCGACAUCACUUUACAUGGCUGGUUUUGCCAUAGGUCCUGUUCUUUUCGGCCCCUUGAGUGAAUAUUUUGGCCGGAAACCCGUCCUCGUGAUUACUUUUUCCAUCUAUCUCAUCUUCACCAUGUCAUGCGCAUUGGCACCGACAUUUGCAGCGCUUCUUGCAUUUCGAUUCUUUUGCGGGUUGGGAGGCUCAGCACCGAAUGCGGUUUUAGGUGGUCUAUUCUCCGACAUAUACGAAGAUCCCCAUCAGCGUGGGUUGGCGAUGUCGUGGUUCAUGUUUGCAACCACAUUCCCACCCCUUCUAGGGCCGAUCAUCUCAGGGUUUAUAUCUACCAUUACUUGGAGGUGGACCUUCUGGGCUGGUCUUAUCAUUGGGGCUCCUGGCCUUCCUCUCCUGGUCACUAUGCCUGAGACAUACGUGCCAGUUUUGUGUAAGGUAAAUGGAAGAUCUCAUGACGAAAAAGAAUCUACAUCCCAGAAGUUGUCACGAGGUCGUCCAGGACCACGAGGUUUCUCCAAUGAGAUGAGCACCGUCCUCAGUCGCCCAUUCCUGAUGUUUACACGAGAACCGAUUGUUUUCUGUUGUUCGUUGUACCUUGCCCUCAUUUAUUCGACUCUGUACCUGUACUUCCAGGCGUAUCCUAUCGUCUUUCAAGAUUUAUAUGGCCUGUCUGCUGGGGUAACCGGGUUAGCCUUUCUUCCAAUUCUGCCCGGGUCGAUCAUCGCCUUCGUCGUCAUCUUUGUAUACAGCUCACACCACAGCAAAGCUAUGAAAGCGGGACUGGCCUGGGCUCAAUUGGAGGAGUAUCGCCGUCUCCCCCUUGCCUGCAUUGGAGCCCCAGGAAUCCCCAUAGCCCAGUUCUGGCUUGGAUGGUCCGCAAAACUUUCCAUUCAUCCCGUGGUGCCAAUGAUGUCGGGGGUUUUCUUCGGAUUCGGCUACCUGUUGAUAUUCGUUGCGCUCCUCAAUUAUCUCACCGAUGCGUACAAGAAAUUCUCAGCCUCGGCCUCUGCAGCAGCGAGUACGUUGCGAUCCGUCUUCGCCGUCUUUCUCCCUCUGGCGACCACCCCCAUGUACACCAAACUGGGCAUUAACUGGGCGAGCUCGCUGCUCGGAUUUUUUUCAAUAGUCAUGGCUAUAGUUCCGUUUGUCUUUAUCAAACACGGCGCCUGGAUACGUGCUAACAGCAAGUUCGCACAGAGAGCCCAAUAG